AUGUCGUGUUCAAAAAUAUUUUCAGGAGAUUUACCUGAAUUAACAUAUGAAGUUAUAAAAUAUUUUCAAAAUGAUUAUUCAACUUUAUAUUCAUGCAUUUUAGUUAACAGAUUAUGGUGUCGUUUAGCAAUUCCAUUAUUAUGGGAAAAUCCUUUUUCAAUUCUUACUAAAAACUAUAAUUUUAUUGAAAUUUACUUACAUAAUUUGAAUGAUGAUCUUAAAACGAAAUUAAAUGAAUUUAAAAUUAUUGAUAAUUCGUUACCUUCGAAUACACUGUUUAAUUAUCCUAAGUUUUUAAAAUAUUUGAAUACACAUAAUUUUAUUUUUUUUGUUGAGAAAUGGUUGAAAUAUUAUUCAAGAUCUUAUAAUAGAUUAGGUGAUGUAUAUGUAUUAUUGUUAACAAUAUUUAUUGAAAAUGAAGUAAAUUUGCAUACCCUUGAAAUUGAGAUCUCAUGUGAUUAUUAUAACUCAUUUUUCGAUAAGAUUCUUGAAUCAAUUUUACAAAGUACAAAUUUUAUUCACAGUAUUAUAAAUUUGAAACUUUAUAUCAAUAAUUAUAAUGAAAAUACGGUAAGAAAUCGUAUAUUACCUCUAAUUCAUUCACAUCAAAAUCUUAAGAAAAUUAUGAUAGGGGAUUAUUAUCUAUCUUUAUAUCAAUCAUUAUUAUUAUUAAAAGAAUAUAACUGUUCAAAUACCUUAAAUACAAUUACUUUCUAUGGUACUAAUUUUAAAGAUAUAAUUAAUCUUGAUAAAGUAUUUGAACAAUUGAAUGUUUUAGAAUCUGUUCAUAUCUUUCAUUGUUCUUCUUUAAAUACUAGUUUUACUCAACAAAUUAUUAAUUUAACUAAACCAUUUAAAUUGAAAUCUUUAUUUAUAAGUGAAAUAUCACAAAUUGAAUCAUUCCAAUUAUUAUUACAAAAAUCUGGCGAUUAUUUAGAAAAUGUUGGGUUUAGUUCUAAUUUUAAUCUAUCACUAGUAUUAAAACAACAAUUAGUAGAAUUAUUUAUAAAAUAUUGUAAAAAUAUUAAAUUUCUUGAUUUUUGUGGGUUUGGAAGUCAGAUUCUUACUUAUCAAGUAUUAAAUUUAAUUGAAAAUAUUAAACAAAAUCUUAAUUAUCUUACAAUUUAUAUAUGGUAUGAUAAUACUGCUGAAACUGAGUGUAGUUCAAUCGUAUUACAAAAUUUAGGACAAAUCCUUCCUUCUAAAUUAGAAUAUUUAUGUUUAUGUCUUCUUCACAUUAAAGCAAAUGAUUUCGAAAUAUUUCUAAAAAAUUCUAAAGAUACUUUUAUUAAGAAAUUAUUGAUCUGUAACAAUGAAGGUCAAGAUAUUUUACCCUGUAUAAAAAAAUAUAUCAUGAAAAAGAAAAGAGCAAAGUAUUUGGCAAUUUAUUCUUCUUUUGAUAAGAUUAAGGAAUUGUUUUCAUUAAAAGAUGAAGUAAAGGAAUUUGAAUUGUAUAAUAUUAAAGUGCAAAGUUAUGAAAGCUCAGAGAUUUGCAUAAGUGAUUUUAUUAAUUAA